ACUGAAAAUAUUGAGAGCAGCGGGAGACCGGAACGAUUAAAGUGUAACACAGAAACACUAACGUGGUUUUGUAGACAUAAAUAUAAGUCCCGGCGGCUAAAAGUUAAUCAUAGAGACAUUUGCGCCCACAAAACUACAAAAUGUGUUAAUAUGGAAAUAGUGAUCGCUUAUUUUGAGCUGUCCGUCUGUAAACGGUCUUGUUCUUUGGAAAGAAGAGGCUUUUGACAUAAUGGCUUGUAACGACGACUGGCAGGUAGCAGGGCGCCGUAAAGGAGCUGCUAGAAGAGGAAAACAAGCUUCAAACCUCAAACAAGACUCACACCAGGUGUCUGACUGCAAACCGGACAAGCAGAAGAUAAUAAACGCCACGAAUGAACUUAGAGGAGAAGGUUUCUGGAUGGAGUGGAAAGAUCUUCUCUCCGAGCGUCUUCUUCCCGGCUCCUCAGAGCAGAACGGAAAAGUUUCUCCUCAGCACUGCGUGUGUUACGGUUUGGGUCACUUUGCUUCUUGCGCGUCCGCCCGGUAUCAGCUUGCGAUGCUGUUACUGCUGCUAGAGACGCUGCAGAUUCCGGCGGGCAGGUGUUCUGUGUACGACCCCGUGUUUUCCGAGUCGGAGCGCGAGGCCCUCGAAGAGCUGGGCUUCACCGUGCUGACCGAAAACGAGGAGGGAAAGCGAGGGGUUUAUCAUCCCACCCUGUUUUACCUGAUGCAUUGUGGAAAGGCUCUGUAUAACAACCUGCUGUGGAGAAACUGGACGCCUCAGACAUUGCCAAAAAUUAUUAUAAUUGGCAACAGUUUUCAUGGCAUUCAAGAGAGGAUGCUUCAGAGAGAGUUUGAGAGAGACUACAGCUUCCUUUCAAACAUUGUAAGUGCGUGCGACGAGACGCCUCUGCCUUGCUCGCCUCGAUUCCUGGAUGUGUUCAACGACACGGCGCUCGUUCGGUUCCCUCUGGAAAACCUGAAUAAACUCCCAGAAUGCACGUGGGCCGAUCCUUCAGAGCCACUGUACCAGCACUGCCAAGAUCUUGAGAUCAUCCAGAAAGAGAAAAGGAGCUGAAAAUAUGACGGCUUUAAAAUUGCUCUUAUAUUUGGCUUGUUUAUUUCCAAUUUCUUGCUGUACACAUUUUCGUAUACUAAUAAUAAUAAUAAUAUUUUGUCAUUUUUAAUAGGAGUCUUGUUUUUGUUUUUUUUUGUACGGCUGGUGUGAAAUAUUGGAGCCUGUUUCUGUCAUAAAAAAAGAAACAAAAACUGUUAAAUAAAAAGGGUCGCGUUUA